CACCACCACCACCACCACCACCACCACCAACGCCUUCCACCAAACCAAGAACGACAAAGCAUAAUUGCGUUGAGAAAUAGAGAUGAGCUCAAACGAGAAACAGCCACCGGUCGGACCGGCCGGACAACAGGGCCAGCAACAGUACUUUCCUCCUCCACCGCCCGGCCCGCCGCCGGCACAAACCGCACAGGCGCACCCGCAAGGUUCCCAACCGCCGAAGCAUACGAACGAGACUCCCCUUCCCGACUACAAUAUUCCCGCAUACAAACCCGCCAACCCGCAGUUCGCGCCCCCCCCUCUGGGUGCCGACGACGAUCUCUACAACGCGUCUCCGACGAAUGAGCAGCCGCCGAAAUGGGGCCACCACCAAGCUCAUGGCAGCGAAGGAGAGACAAAAAAGAAGUCGAACCGGUUAUCCGCGUUUGGCGAAGCUUUCACAAACAAAGUGGCUGGCCCUGUGAAUGCUCUGGCGAACAAGUUUGGGUCUGAGGGGUUCCUACCCGAGUCGUUGGACAAGGAAUGCGAGAAGGCCGCCAGGAUUCUGCGGGGUUUCUGUAAGGACGGUGUCUACACCGAUGUAGUCCCUCCUACCGCGCCCGCGUCUGCGGCGACAGCGACCCCGGCAACCGCCGACAAACCCCCGCCCUCGCCUUCCGGCAAACCCAAAAAGUCCCGCGUCCUGCUCACCAUCCCCUCCAAGGUCAUAGCUCGCGCCCAGGGCCUGGCCAUCUUCACGGCCGUCCGCGUAGGCUUCCAAGCAGCGGGAUCCAGCGGCAGCGGUAUCCUCGUCGCGCGCCUCGCCGACGGCAGCUGGUCGCCACCCUCGGGUAUCCAAAUCACCUCGAUCGGCGCAGGCUUCGUCGCGGGCGUUGACAUCUACGACUGCGUCAUCGUGAUCAACACGCGCGAGGCGCUCGACAUGUUCACCAAGAUGCGCCUGAGCCUCGGGUCCGACCUGGCCGUCACAGCCGGCCCCUUCGGCGCGGGCGGCGCGCUGGACUGGGGCAUGCCAGCAGGCGGUGGGGACAGCAGCAAGAAACAGGCGGCCAAAGACACCGCCGCCGGCGAGACAAAGCCCAACCCCAACGCGCCGCGCCCGCUGUCUGCCGACAACACGCACUUCCAAACCGCCCCGGUCCCCGAGCACCAGCAGGGCAUGACCGAGGAAGAGGAGGACGACGGCAAGGGCAAGGGCAAGGGCAAGGACGGCGGCCGCCGCGCCAGCCCCUUCCGCGACGCCCUGCGCAAGCCGGUAUACAGCUACGUCAAGUCGCGCGGCUUCUACGCCGGCGUGCAGAUCGACGGGACCGUCAUCGCUGCGCGUGAGACCGCGAAUGCUAGGUUCUACGGCCGUGCUGUGCCCGUCGAGAGGAUUCUCAAGGGGGAGGUCCCUGCUGCGCAGGCUGCGCAGGCUGGAACGUGGCCUGGGGGUGCGAGGGGGUUGUUUGAGGUGUUGAGGGGUGCGGAGGCGGGGAAGCCUGCGCAGGGCCAGACUGCACAGGGCCAGCCGGGGUUGUGGCAGGGUGGCAGGCCGGCUAGUGCUGGCUCUGGCGGGCACGGUGCCGCGUUUGGUGCCGCUGCCGGAACUGGUGGUGCGCCGGCUGGCACUUGGGUGCCGCCUCCUGGUGCGGGUACGCAGGGGAGUGUGCAGGGCGUCACGGCGGGGGUGCGGGAUCUGGGCGUCGGCGGUUCUUCUACCUCGGGCCCGCCCCCUGGUACGACACCGGCCACUUCCGGUGCGGCCGCCAAGGCGGCCGAGGCUGCUGCCGAUGCGGCGCGUGCUCAGGAGCCGGUUGAGCAGCCCCCGCCGUCGUACUCGGAGCCGCACGGCGCUCCUGAUGACCUGCCCCCGGCGUAUGUCGAGGACGAGAGGUAUCGGCAUACAGGUGGCGAUAGCAAGACGGGGCUGCAUUGAGUGGGAUGUAUGUUUCCUUCAUGGUGGUUGUUGUCUAGAAAGGGGUGGAUGCUGAUGUGAAUGACUUGAUGACGAACGGGUUAUGGUAUGGUGCGGAACCAACAAUCUCUGAUAAUGUAUUGCGAAGCGUGAUAUCCCCUAGCACAGUCCCAUAACUAGGUAUUCGAAAGUUAUUACCCGUUU